AUGGAGUCGAUAUUGGACUUUUCAAGAGAUCUGGAUAUCAAUGCCUUGGACCAGGUCGUGGACACCUUGUACAAGGGCUCCGGGGCGCAACAGAAACAAGCGCAAGAAGUUUUGACGAAACUGAAAGACCAUCCGGACUCUUGGCAGAGAGCAGACCAGAUAUUGCAGUUUUCGCAGAAUCCACAAACCAAGUUCAUCGGACUGUCAAUUCUGGAUAAACUGAUCACCACGAAAUGGAAAAUGCUUCCACCGGAGCAUCGGAUCGGAAUCCGUAACUUCAUAGUCGGGAUGAUCAUCUCGCUGUGUCAGGACGAUGCAGUGUUCCAGACGCAAAAAAAUUUGAUCAACAAGUCGGAUCUCACGCUGGUGCAGAUCUUGAAACAAGAGUGGCCACAAAACUGGCCGGAUUUCAUCCCAGAGCUAGUUCAAAGCGCUCAAUCCUCGGUAAACGUGUGCGAAAACAACAUGGUUAUUCUCAAACUGCUGUCAGAAGAGGUUUUUGAUUUUUCAGCAGAGCAAAUGACCCAGGCCAAAGCCCUGCAUCUCAAGACGUCCAUGUCAAAAGAGUUUGAACAAAUUUUCAAGCUAUGCUACCAAGUAAUGGACGCUGGGUCCACCACCUCGCUCGUGGUUGCUGCAUUGGAGUCAUUGCUAAGAUACUUGCAUUGGAUCCCUUACCAUUACAUUUACAAUUCCAACCUUUUGGAGUUGCUUAGCACCAAAUUUUUGAUGUCAUCGGACACAAGAGCAGUUACUAUCAAAUGUUUGACCGAAGUCUCCAAUUUGGAAAUACCACAAAACGAUACCAAAAUAGCGGAGCAAACCGUACUUUUCUUUCAAAACACAUUGCAGCAAGUUGCGGAAAACGUCAUGCCUGUCACUGCAGAUCUAAAAGCGACAUACGCCACCGCGAAUAGCAGAGAUCAAUCUUUCCUACAAGAUUUUGCGAUGCUUCUCACAACUUUCUUGGCACGCCAUCGCUCGCUUUUGGACAGCGACGAACGGUUGAGGGAGCUUCUCUUAACUGCUCACCAGUAUUUGAUACAGCUGUCUAAAAUUGAUGAAAGAGAGCUUUUUAAAACUACCCUUGACUAUUGGCAUCAUUUGGUGGCGAGUCUGUUCCAAGAAGUUCAAAGACUCCCUGUUGCCGAGCUUAAUCCACUGCUGCAACUAUCUGUCGGAUCUCAGGCUAUCAGCUCGUCGGGAGGCGCGCCAAAUCCGGAAUUUUUAAAGCGAUUCCCGCUCAAAAAACACAUCUACGAUGGUAUCUGCUCUCAGCUUAGAUGGGUUGUUAUAGAAUCUAUGGUAAGACCAGAGGAAGUUCUUGUAGUGGAAAAUGAUGAGGGUGAGAUUGUCAGAGAAUUUGUGAAAGAAUCUGACACCAUUCAACUAUACAAAUCAGAAAGAGAGGUUCUGGUUUAUCUAACGCAUUUGGAUGUUGUCGACACUGAAGAUAUCAUGAUCAACAAGUUGGCAAGACAAAUCGAUGGCUCGGAAUGGUCGUGGCACAACAUUAAUACUCUGUGCUGGGCUAUUGGUUCAAUUUCAGGUACAAUGGGUGAGGAAACGGAGAAAAGAUUCGUUGUCACUGUCAUCAAAGACUUAUUGGCCUUAACGGAAAAGAAGCGGGGCAAGGACAACAAGGCAGUGGUGGCUUCUAAUAUCAUGUACGUUGUUGGUCAAUAUCCACGCUUUUUGAAAGCACAUUGGAAAUUUUUGAAAACAGUCAUCAUCAAGCUAUUCGAGUUCAUGCACGAAACUCACGAGGGUGUUCAGGACAUGGCUUGUGAUACAUUCAUUAAGAUUGUCCGAAAGUGUAAGCACCAUUUCGUCGUUCAACAACCAAAUGAACCCGAACCUUUCAUUCAAACCAUUAUUAGGCAGAUCCAAAGCACUACCGCAGACCUGCAGCCUCAACAGGUUCACACCUUUUAUAAAGCAUGUGGUGUGAUUAUUUCGGACGAAAGAAAUGCAGGUGAAAGAGAACGCUUACUUGGCGAUCUCAUGCAGUUGCCCAAUAUGGCGUGGGAUGCUAUAGUAGAACAGUCGUCUGCCAACCCAGAUUUAUUGCUUGAUAGUGAAACUGUCAAAAUCAUUGCCAAUAUCCUCAAAACUAAUGUGGCGGUCUGUUCGACAAUGGGCGCAGAGUUUCAUCCACAGCUGGGUCAUAUCUAUUACAACAUGCUUCAGCUUUAUAGAGCCGUUUCUUCCAUGAUAUCGGCACAGGUUUCUGCUGAAGGACUUAUUGCGACGAAGACUCCAAAAGUUCGUGGCUUAAGAACGAUCAAAAAGGAAGUGCUCAAGCUUGUUGAAUUCUACAUCUCUCAUGCUAAAAACCUCGACGAGGUCGUGAAAGUACUUGUUGAGCCGUUGUUAAAUGCAGUUCUGGAAGAUUACAUGAACAAUGUUCCGGACGCCCGAGACGCAGAAGUCUUGAACUGUAUGACAACAGUCGUUCAUAAAGUCGGGCAUAUGAUGCCAAGUGGUGUCAUUUUGAUUCUACAAAGUGUGUUUGAAUGCACUUUGGAUAUGAUCAAUAAAGACUUUACGGAGUAUCCCGAGCAUCGGGUCGAAUUCUACAGACUUUUGAAAGAGAUCAACAGUAAAUCAUUCAAUGCUCUACUGGAACUACCAUCAGCUGCAUUCAAGUUGUUUGUCGAUGCAAUCUGCUGGGCAUUUAAGCAUAACAAUCGGGAAGUGGAAGUAAACGGUUUGCAGCUUGCACUCGAUUUAAUCAAGAAUAUCGAAGGCCUGGGUUCCACACCAUUCGCAAACGCUUUUUACGAGAACUUUUACUGUACAUUCAUCAGCGAAACCUUUUACGUUCUUACAGAUUCCGACCAUAAGUCUGGAUUUUCAAAGCAAUCCCUACUUCUCAUGAGACUAAUAUCUCUUGUCGAAGAAUCAAAGAUCGGAGUUCCGUUAUAUCAACCUGGCGAAGUUCCCGAAGGUGCAAACAAUCAAUUGUAUCUUGCCAAUUACAUGGCAAACAUGCUGAGCAGCGCUUUCCCUCAUCUCAGCCAAGAGCAGGUGACCGGGUUCAUAAGCGCAUUGAUUAAGCAGUAUCAGGAUCCAUCGAAAUUUGCAGCAACUCUCAGAGACUUCUUGGUACAGAUUAAGGAAUUUGGUGGUGACGCAACUGACUAUUUGUUCGCUGAGGAUAAAGAGCUGGCCUUAGAAGAGAAAAUUAGAGUAGAAAAGCAAAGAGCAGCGGCAGUCGGCGGUUUGUUGAAGCCAUCUGAGCUCGAAGAUUAA